CACAAUGCCUUUGUCACAAUAUAUCAGGCUCUUCUGUUUGAUGUGACGAUCGUAUAUUAAAUGCUUCAACCUCGUCCAAUUUAUCGUGGUGGCAUGAUCGUUAGACGUCCAAAAAAUGGAUGAUGACAUUGAUAUUUACGAGGACUUGCCGAGUUUCAGUGCGGAUGGUAAUGAAAACAGUUCCGAAAAGAAUAAAGAGCUUGUGCAAAAAUGCACGGACCUAGAACAAAAAGUAUCCGAACUGACUGUACAGAUCGAUGUGCUUAAAAAAGCCAAUCGAACCUUAGAGGUUAACUUGUCUUCGUUAUUGAAGACUGCUCGUGCUGAAAUUUCCCGAAAAGACAAAAUGAUUGCCGAUGUUAGAAGAGAGUUAGACAAUGCAAUGUUUAGACGUGGAAAUUACAAGAAACUUCCAAGAGCACCAAUUAAGACCUCGGAACGUGCAAAACCUUCUGAACAUGCGAGUAUGGAAGAUAGUCCAUAUAUUCAAGUGCCAGAUGCUACUGAAUUUAUGUGCAAUAAUCCUACCGUACAUAGCGAGGAUGAAGAAGACACGGAACAGAAGUAUAAACCAGAUAAAAUUGUAAAUACAUUAUUUAAUGAAAGAUUGAGAAAAAGAAUCAUGGAAGAGGAGAAACUAGAAAAACAGCAAAAAGAACAACUGCAGUCUUUGGGUAGUGAUGCUACUAAAUCUAUAAAGUCCAAUGUUAUACAAAAAUUAAAAAAAAUUGAGUCUACGUGUAACGAUGACAAAGAAAAUCAUUUUAAUGUAGAUUCUAAUUUGAAAGAAGAUGUAAAUAUAUGCAGUCGAGUGCCUAGUCAAAAUGGUACAAAUAAUUUGAAUGCCUUAAAAGAGGGAGAAGUACGACAAACUUCAAUAUCAGUUCAUAAAGUCUCUCGUAAGAGAUCAAUUGAUAAUGAUCACGAUUUAAUAUCCAGUAAACGAAUGAAAUGUGAAAAAGAUGAAAACAGGAAUAGGGAGCAAUGUCUUGAUAAUAAGGACACAGAUCAGAAAUGUACUGAAAACCAAGUACAUACUUCAGUGACUAAAGAUAAACAACAGAGAAUGACAAACGACUGUAAAACCAACAGGAAUACGAAAGAAAAUAUAAUUAAUUAUUCCAAAGCAGAUGACAUUAGACACAAAAAUGUAACAUCAAGACUAAAACUUUUAUCGGAAGGAGUCGAUCCAGAUAUAAAUGAAAGUGACUUCAGUGAAUCAAAUUCGAGGCACAGUUCUAGGAAUACAGAAUUACGGAAAGAUAAAUACAAAGGUAAUAAUGUAAUUAAUCGAAAUCGAUCAAGAAGUAACGAACGUGAUCCCCAUUAUGAGAAUAGCAAAUAUCACCGUUCACGUAGUAGGUCUUUGGAUCGGAAACACAAUGAUUGGAAGUAUGGUAGAAGUAACUGUAAUCGGUAUGGAAAACACAAAGAUAACAUUGAUAAAAGAAGAAGCACAAAAUAUAUAAAUGGUUAUAUUUCGGCUGAGUCUAGUAACGUAACAUAUGAUUUACGAGGUAGAUUGGUACAUACGUUUGAUGAAAGGACUAUUGGUGGUGAGCAUAAUUCUCACAGAAGCAAAUCACGGCAGGAUAGAAGAUACAAACGCGAAAGAUCUAAAACACCCGCAUCAAGAAGGAGUGGCAGCAAAGAUAGUGGAAAACAUACUAAACGAAUUGACUCCUGUGACAGAAUGAACAACAGAAGUAGUAAAUCAAAAAUUAUUAAUCGUACUGCAGAUGGUACUCAAACUAAUAAUACGAAAUGUUCACAAAAUAAGGGUGCAGCAGAAAAGGCAGAAAGAAUUAGUUUAUAUUCUUUGGAAGAAGGUGAAAUCAUAGAUACGCCGUAUUCUAGUCCUAGAAAAAUUAUUCCUACCACUUCUCAGUCCCAAAAAGAAUCUCCCAUAUCACAUAAUGUCAAUAAUGGAACAAUUCAGAAGAUUCAAAACGAAAUUUCAACUGUUUCAGACAUCAUCACGGAUCAAUUUAAUAGCGAUAGCUUGCAGAAGAUAUGUAAAUCACCCACAAGAAAUAAAAUUGGAGCUGCAUUAUUGGUUUCAAAUUCUAUAAAUACAAAAGAAGAGGAAAUAAAAAAUGUACAGAGUUCCAUUAUGAAUGAUAACCCAAAUAUAUUGCCACAAAAUGAACAUACUUUAGAGUCAAAAGCCCAAAAUGAGUUGAAAAAUACCGCAACAAAUAUUCAGGAUAAUUUAAACUUAACUUUAAGUCAGAUAGCUAAUGACAAAUUCGAAGACAGUGAGACAGAAUUAGGUAAACUCAUCAUAUCGGAUAAUGAUACAGAUUUCAACAAUGAAGAUGAUUGUCACAGUACCAUUAGUUUAUCGGUUACACCUGAAAAAAAAGCACAGGAUAAAAAUGGAACAAUAGAUGCACCAAACGAGCAUUUAAAAAUGCCAAAUGAUUCAGUUUUAUCAUUUCCUGUGCAGGAAGAUUCCAAAUAUUCAGAGGAGAUUUUAUUAAAUAAAGAUAUGAAUUUGAAAAAUGAAGAAUUGAAUGAUAUUAAAACAUGUGGAGUUCCAAUUAUAGAGAUAAAGUCGAAUGAUGAAAGUAUCGAAAAUAAAGGUAUUCCUAGACAACAAGAACUUGAAAAUCGAUCUACUGAAUCAAAUUCAAAAUUGUCUACAAUAGAAGCAAAACAUUGUGAAAAUACAACUACAAAAAUCCCAUUGGUUACAGAAACGAUUAAAGAACCUGUUGUAACCAAUUCGUUGAAAAAAAGCGGAAAUGUUAGUACCGAAGAGUCUACAAAUCUUGCAAAAGUUUCAAGUCGUAGCCCGAGAACUACCAGAAAACCGGUAAAAAAUACUAAUAGAGAUAGUUGCGAUGAAAAUAUUCAGGAACCUGACAAUAUGAAGUGUAACAUCGAAAGUACUUUAACGAAAACUAUUGAAGAAAAAGAUAAAGAAUCUUCAGAUAGAAGUACUAGAAUGAGUGUUACCUUAGAAGAAGCUGCUUCCGAUUUAACUACCUUCAUUCCCUAUAAGUUAACUAAAAUUGAUAUGGAAGAAAACCAAACGAAACAAACUUCGGCAGAAUACGGGAUAAACCAAAGAAAAGAAUGUGCCUAUAAACUUGAUAUAACUGGAAGUGCAAAAGUGACAAUUUCGAAAAAUGCGGACGUGGUUAAUGGGUCAAAAGGUUCCAGCAAUCCAGUGGUCCCAGAAGUGAAGAUUGUAACGAUAAAAGAUACAACGUCAGAUAAUAUCGUCUCAGAACUAUCUAAAACAGCUAAGCAGUCUGAUAAAUUGGAAAAAAGUAUAACGAAACCAGUUGGCAACGGUAGAAUCAUUGUCGCACGGCGCAGGAAGCCAGUGCAUUUAGGAAACAGUUCCUCGUCGACAACUGUGGCAUUAAGCUUGAAUAAUUCGAAAUGUAUUUCGACACCUGGCUCGAAAAAAGUUGCUCAAUUAAAAUCGAGUUCUACCGUUCAACCACAGAUGCGCGCUCCGAAGCCAGAGUUGCUUGUUUCUCGGAAGAGGAGGCAAUGCACGAUAAAAAAUUCGGACAAUGAUAGAUAAUCUUGUCAGUUUGGUUCGCACUUGUGCAGAAUCUCUUAACGAAAUGUGAUACUUAAAAUUCUAAGGCUAAAAAAUCUUAAUCAAACGUAGAGAAGUGGUAAUGGAUUUUAGCUUUCAGUUACUUUUACCAUUAAUAACUGAGUUGCUUAAAGCGAGCGUUACCAUUGUCUCUUCCCGUUUGCGGUAUUUCAUUUUUUAGCAUUACGACCGAAGGUUUUCAAAUUACUGGUAACUUAAUCCCAACGACCACAUCCAUAAGUAAAACAAUUUUUUUUAAUGACAGUUAAAAAUUUGAUUUGAUGUCACCGGGGACCACGCAUGUUGCAAAUUCUACAGAUCGGGUACUUGUAUUUGGUCGCUGACAGAUGCGAACUCCGAAACCCGAAUGGAAUCUUUACAGCUGUAAAUAUACACAUGCGUAAAGGUGUACUUUGUUUGUAUAUAGAUAGUAUGAAAUUAAGGUACCGGUGUUGUGGAUCAUUUAUAACGUGCUUGAUGCUACUUGGAUGAUAAAUAAAGUCGCCCAGACGCUCUGUGAUCUUUGAAAUUAUCUUACAAAUCCAUUCCCGUGUUGUAUAAUUGUUCACAUGAACUUUCAGCUAUUAACUGUAAUAUCAACCCUUCCGGUGCUAAGUACUUUUUAAAUUUAAGCCAAUAUCAAGAACAUGUAUAAGUCUAGUGACCCCAAUGUAAGCACGUCUACACGUCCAUAGCACCGAGAGUGUUAACGUACAUACCGUACGUACAUAACGUACAUAAGUGUACAUGCAUUUGGUGCGAAACUCUGCCGAGUUUUGAGCAAUACAUAAAAUUCAUUCAUUUAUCUAUGGUGGAUUCAUGGAUGUAUUGACACCCAACUGUAGUUGGAUUCUGUACACCACAUUCGGUAAAUAUCGAUAUCAUUAGCUGUGUUGUUCCCUUUAUUGUUUAAAUGGGCUAACAAUAUUGAUAGCUAUAAAAUUAGCGUAGAGAAUCGCUACUGAUCUGACUAUGAGAACGGUAGAA